AUGGAAAUGUCACUGGAAAUGAUAACCCUCCUUGCUUUGCUUCUGGUCUUGGGUCUGCCACGGGUGGAGAGCAAUCUCACCGUGUCUGGAAGACAAGCGGCUGCCCUGAGGUGUCACGUUUGUGAACAGGAGAACAGUUUCGAAUGCGAAGCACCACAAAACUGUGACAGGGGCUCUACAUAUUGUAUCUCUGCCGCCGUGAGAAUAUUUCCACGGUUCUACCUUACUUCCAAGCAGUGUGCACUGAACUGUGGGAUGCAUGAGACACUUUCGCGGAUGGCCAGGUCGUUCGUGCUCAUAAAGCCCACACCCUUUCUGUUCGUGGCAUGCUGUACAUCCAACCUGUGCAACGUCCAGCAACCAGUCAUCAAAGAAAACACAGAAGAUGAUUACUUUAAGGACCAAGGCAGGGGCAGCAAAGCUGGGCUGAUGCCUUUCCUGACACUGGCCUCUGUGCUUCUGGGCCUCAGGCUGCUGUGA